AUGAGCGAGCGCGCAGAGCACCUGGAGCGAGAGGAAUCUGCUGACAAAGAAUGUUUUGGUGUUCUGAUUGGCUGUAGGCUGGAAACCCAGCCCAGCUCCAACUUCACGACGUAUUUCAACGCCCACCAUAAUAUAACCUUCGGCCAGUUCAGUGCCUCUUAUAUAUGGGCCAGCAACAUCCUAGGACACAGUAACGGCGAGAUGUCCAGAUUUGCCACUGAACACCAUCAUGACCCUGACAUUGACCCCCCAUUACUCCUAGAAUCCCUCGGCCCCGAGAUCUUGGUUAUGAUCUUUGAUCAGAUCUACAUCACAAAACCAGCUACAUUAAUCAGUUUGAGACUCACCUGUCGACGCAUCAAUCAGAUCGUCGCGCCGCUCUCUUAUCGCCGAGUCCAUUUGAGUGUGAGGAAACUCGCAGCUGUGUCUGGUCGAAAUAAACGGGAAGACAUCGUUCGAAAUGUCUAUGCUCACACACGACAUGUUGAGUUCCGGCAAUUGCUGGACUGGGAUGAUGUUGCUUUACUACUUUUUGGUUGUGUUCAGUUGGAUACGAUCACUUGGGCGUGCGGCCGAGACAUACUCCAAUGUUACUUUCCAAAUGCGAUGCGCCUCUUGGUAGGUGACAAGUGGCCCAGAGUCCGGAUUUCCAAUGAGUUUCUCGACUAUCCUGCCAUAGGGCAAAGUGGUAGUUUCCUGAAGACCUUUCCAGCAUCGAAUAUGAUUAGUUUAACUUUACACAACCGGGUUCCUAGACAAUCGAAUCGGCCCCUACACCAGUUUCUCGCAACCUGUGUGAAUUUGGAAGAGCUUCGACUGUACGGCUUGAACUUCUUGGAUUCAAUCUUCGAGCCCGCCGACGGAAGGCUACCAGCAAUCAAAAGCUUUUUCACAGAUGUUCGGUCCUGGCCGUAUACCCAGGAUAAUGUUCAUUCAGUGUGGGAUUUCUCACAGCUACAAGAUCUUGAGAUUGCCUGGCAUGUCUUUGGCUUCAUGUCCCAGUCGAUGUCACCAGAGAACUUGUCUCGUCUGCGUCGCUUAAGGUUGCGACACCGAUGGGCUGGAAUUGAUAGCCCAAUUGAGGUGUAUACUCAAUAUCAUACGAUGAGAACGUCAUUUCUAAACUCGAUACUUGAACGAAUUCCAGAAAAUCAGCUCCAAGAACUGGACGUCAAAUGUCACUUGCCUAAAUUUUCGACGGCGGCGCUUGCAAGACACGGCCGCUCACUGCGUCUCGUGAGACUGUUGGAUGCCUCCGGGUUCGAAGUCGACGGAUCGACCACUCCGACAACCAGUUUGGAUGACUUAACCAGGCUUCAUUUCACAUGUCCGCACCUGACCGAGGUCGCAGUCGGGGUAAACAUUGCGUACCCUGAAGAAAUUCCAGCGUUCGCAGACUCGAUGAGCGGCUUCAGAAACCUCAGUAUUCUUACCCUCUACAUGCAAAAGGUUCCAAAAUCAUUUAUACCCGUAACUGGCAACAAAGUUUUGGACUUCGGGCAAUGUCUUGCCGAAAGAUUAUAUAAACAAAAAUUCGGGCUUUCGCUGUCGAAACUUUCUAUUAACGUGGGGGAAUGGACGCCGAGAAGCAGACCUCAUCGACUCAUACACUCCUCGAAGGCCAACCUUGAUAUGACCGAAGCAUACCAACCACGUCGAUUUUUGAAUUUCUCCUGGGAUCUUCAAGGACUGAUGUUGUUCGAGACCGAACCAUGA